CGGAAACCUACAUUUUUCGGUUAUCUCAUUUCUUAUCCUCAAACUGUUUCAACUUUCGGAUCGUUUCUCUUGAUGCCGAUGAGAAAGCGAUUUUUGGAGGAUUUUCUCCUUUUUUUUUAAUCUUCUUCUAACAAUUUGGGUGGGUGAGAGAAGGUUUGGAAAAUAAACAAAGAAAGAAAGAGAGCCCUGCUGAGCGUGGAGUCUCCAGGAGAAAGGUUGAAUCUUUGUGUCAAAGCGGGGAGGAGGAGUAAUGGGUAUCUUCAGCUCUGUGUUGGGCUUCUUUGGAUUUGGAUUCGGGCUCGUGGGCGGGAUUGUUGUUGGGUACUACCUCUUCAUCUACUUUGAAUCCACCGAUGUCCAGGAUCCUAAAAUUUCACCACUUGUCGAACAAGAUCAAAAAACUUUGGAGCGCAUGUUUCCUGAGAUUCCUCUCUGGGUGAAAAACCCAGACUUUGACCGGAUUGAUUGGCUAAACAAGUUUCUAGAGUAUAUGUGGCCUUAUCUGGAUAAGGCAAUCUGCAAAACUGCAAAGGAAAUCACAAAGCCAAUUAUUGCUGAGAAUACUGCAAAGUAUAAAAUUGACUCCCUUGAAUUUGAAACCCUCACUUUAGGUUCCUUACCACCAACUUUUCAUGGAAUGAAGGCAUACACUACAGAUGAGAAGGAAUUGAUUAUGGAACCAUCAUUCAAAUGGGCUGGAAAUCCUAAUGUCACUGUUGUGGUCAAGGCAUUUGGACUAAAAGCAACCAUACAGGUGUUAGAUUUGCAAGUUUUUGCUGUACCACGUAUUACAUUGAAGCCACUGGUCCCUAGCUUUCCUUGUUUUGCUAAUAUCCUCGUGUCUCUCAUGGAGAAGCCACAUGUUGACUUUGGACUAAAACUUCUGGGAGCAGAUGUUAUGGCAAUUCCUGGUCUUUACAGAUUUGUUCAGGAGACUAUCAAGACUCAGGUUGCAAAUAUGUAUCUAUGGCCUAAAGCACUACAAGUGCCAAUUAUGGAUCCUUCAAAAGCCUUCAAGAAGCCUGUUGGAAUUCUACAUGUGACUGUCGUUCGUGCGUAUAAGCUGAAAAAGAAAGACCUUCUGGGCAAAUCAGACCCAUACGUGAAACUAAAGCUUUCAGGUGAUAAUCUUCCAUCAAAGAAAACAACUGUGAAGCGCAAUAACCUUAAUCCUGAAUGGAAUGAAGAAUUCAAGCUGGUCAUUAGAGAUCCAGAAUCUCAAGUUUUGGACCUUAGUAUUUAUGACUGGGAACAGGUUGGCAAACAUGAAAGAAUGGGUAUGAACACUAUACCAUUAAGAGACCUUACUGCUGAUGAGACAAAAUCUUUAACACUUGACUUGCUCAAGAAUAUGGAUCCUAAUGACACUCAAAAUGAUAAGUCACGUGGACAGAUGGUUGUAGAAGUAACAUAUAAACCUUUUAAGGAAGCGGAUUCUGCAAAUAAUAUCGGUGAGGAUUCGAAUGUAAUCGAAAAAGCCCCUGAGGGUACUCCGGCAGGUGGUGGCUUGCUUGUGGUUAUCGUUCAUGAAGCUCAAGAUCUCGAGGGAAAGCACCACACAAAUCCUUAUGUGCGGAUCCUUUUCAGAGGAGAGGAGAAGAAAACCAAGCAUAUUAAGAAAAACAGAGACCCAAGAUGGGCGGAGGAGUUUCAGUUUAUGUGUGAGGAACCACCCACUAAUGAUAAGAUGCAUGUGGAGGUUCUUAGUAAGGCACCGAGUAUCGGCAUACACUCCAAGGAAGUUCUAGGGUAUGUCAUCAUCAGCCUUGCAGAUGUUGUAAGCAACAAACGAAUCAAUGAAAAGUAUCAUCUAAUAGACUCCAAAAAUGGCCGUAUUCAAAUUGAGUUGCAGUGGAGAACUUCUUAGAGCUUCCUAGUUAAGCAAGGCAAGCAAGGAAUUACUAUUUUCCGAAAAAGGGGCAUUUUUAUGUUUUUUCCCCAGUUUGUCAUGUAUUGCAUGCUACAAUAAUUGGAAGGUGAAUCCCUGUAUAUUUUUCAAACUGUUUUCGUUGUUUCCUUGUCGUUUUCUUUUUUCCUUAAAGGCAAGGUGCUGGUGUCGAAGAUUUUCGUGAUUCUUCUUCUGGUGGGUUCUUUAUUUUUGCAUAAAUGAUACUUGCCA